AUGAAAGGAAGUGAUUAUUUAAUUUUGCUAAAACAAAAAGUGGUGAAUUUUAUUUAUUGGUAUAAUAGCUCCAGUAUAGGUCAUCGGAAUUUUGUGUGGGUAUUUAUAGGGAUAGGUUGUGGAUAUAUAUAUGGUACCUUAGAAUAUAAAAAGAAAAUAAGAGAUAAAGGGAUAUAUGGAGAUUUCAUAUAUGUUGAUGAAUACAUUGUUGAUGAUCAAAAUAAAAAACAGUUCGAAAAAAAUUAUAAUAAACUUAAUAUUCAUUCAUUUAAAAAUAAAGGAUAUGAAUAUACCAAAAUGUUUAAAGCUAUUAAAAAUGAAAAUUGUCCUUUAAGUUACCUACAAUUAAGAUUAUGGAGAAAUAAAAACUGUUAUGAACAAUAUGUCAAUAAUAAAAAUAUACAAACUUUAUUAACAAACUUAAAGGAUACUUGUAUAUUCUAUUCUACUCAAAAAUAUAAAACUAUUGUAGAUGAUUCGAUAGUUAGACUCAUCCCAUAA